AUGCUCGUGAUCCCCGCCAUCGCCGUGACCGCACUCGCGACGCUCACGGGCCUCUUUCAAAGCGAUGUGGCCUACUCCAAGACCAACGCAACGACGCUCCUCAAUACGACAGACGUCUCGACCGUACCAGUGUCCAACCACGGUGCCUUAGACGGUCUCAUUGUGCACUGGAUCGAGUCGACAAGCCUUUUUAGCGGCUGCAACGAACUCGCCUACCGCCGCCGCACAAGAUAGUCGCCAGGACCAAGUGCUUUGUUGAACAUCAACAACUAUCUAUUAUUCAACGCUUCUGGCCACUUGAACCGCGACUGACGUACAUAC